AACUAUUUUAUGACGUGGUGGCCAUUUCCUCCGGGUGGGGAGAAGUGUCUUCCUCCUCAAUAGACCAAAAUCCCCCACACCCAGAGCAACAAGCGGGCAUUCAACAGUGAGGCAGAGGCCACCGAGGUGAGCUGAGUCCAGUCUACACUCAACUGGGAUAAGCAGAGACAGACGCUAACAACACGAGGCGGGCGGGACUCCGCAAGUUUAGCUGCAACUCCGAAAGAGAAGUGUUUACUUUUCUUAUGAUUUUGACAGGAUUCAAUCUCUGCGAUAGCUGUCACUUUCUCCCACAGUGAAGUGAAUUUCUGCAGCCACAAUGAUGACUUCUUUGCUGUUAUUUGCUCUGCUAUCUGUCUGCUGGGCUGAUUCUCAAUUUAACCUGAACUCCACAGAGUCAAAAUACUUCAGGACAGUCUACAUAGCAGAUAAAGGAUCACGACUAGGCAUAAAAAUAGAACAGCCUAAAGUUGUCUCAUACCGAGGUAGCAAUGCCACUCUGCCCUGUAAGUUCUAUUACAAACCUGUGCCUGUGCGUGCAGUUCAAGCCCCCCUUAAGGUCAGGAUCAAGUGGACCAAACUCACUUCCGAUUAUCUCAAGGAAAUUGAUGUAUUUGUUUCAUUGGGAAAUAACUGGAAAAGUUUUGGAAGCUAUCAGGGAAGAGUUUUUCUAGAAAAUGAGAAUGAUGCCUCCAUAACAAUAACAGAUUUAACAUUGGAGGACUACGGGAACUACAAAUGUGAAAUAAUUGAAGGAUUAGAUGAUGUCACUGGGACUGUUCUACUGGAUUUGCAAGGUGUUGUGUUCCCAUACUUCCCACGUCUAGGUCGCUACAACCUGAAUUUUGCUGAGGCUCAAAAGGCUUGUGAAGAUCAGGAUGCAAUAGUUGCUUCAUUUGAGCAACUUUAUGAUGCAUGGAGAGCAGGGAUGGAUUGGUGUAAUGCAGGAUGGCUGAGUGAUGGGUCUGUGCAGUAUCCCAUCAUUAAACCCAGGGAGCCAUGUGGAGGGAGAAAUACAGUUCCGGGUAUUAGAAGCUAUGGAUACAGAGACAAGAUGAAAGACAAAUAUGAUGUGUUCUGCUUCACAUCCCACUUCAAAGGGCGCUUCUACUAUCUGAUUCACUUUAAAAAGCUGACCUACGGUGAGGCGGUGCAAGCCUGUAUUAAAGAUGGAUCAAGGAUUGCUAAUGUCGGUCAGAUGUAUGCAGCUUGGAAGUUACUGGGCUAUGACCGCUGUGAUGCAGGCUGGCUAGCUGAUGGCAGUGUUCGUUAUCCAAUCAGCAGACCCCGAAAGAGGUGCAGUGAAAGUGAAGCAGCUGUGCGCUUUGCUGGAUUCCCAGACAAGAAACAUCGGCUAUAUGGUGUCUACUGCUUCAGAAGCAACUGAUAAUUCAUACAAAAGCUUAGGUGGAGACAAGUGUUAUUUUAAUUCUGCACAUGUGAAGGAUGUACUUUCAAUGAUAUGAACUCAAAAUAUGUUACCAAAACUGUGAUAAAAAUAUUUUUACUUACUGUACAAUGCCAUUUUCAUACAAGCCAAAGCGUUUUUUUUUCUUUAUGGUAAUGUAUCAUACAAUCAUUAAAUCUUAAAAAUAAUAUAAUUUUUAUAGGAAUCUAUACCAAGAAUUAGCACCAUUUUGCUUCUUUUUAAAGUAGCAGUUAGAAAAAUUUAAAAAGGACAUUGCUCUGGCUGUAUCUGACAGAUAGAAAUUUCAGGAAUGGGUGGGACAUGCCGUAGACAGAUCUUAUUUAAAGCUGUACGGCCAUUCAUUUGCAAAAUGGGCAUUUCUCAGGCAAUCUUUCAAUUUUUUAAUGUCAACUAUACAAGCGUUCAUAUUCAUCCUUUCAACUUUCUGAACUAUUCUGCAUCUCUGACUCUCCAGCAAUUGAACAAAAUAUUGAAGAAACUUGAUGCUGGACUCUAAAGUCCUGCAGCAUAUUAUUAGUUGUCAAGUAUUUAUUGUAGUUGAUUAGGCUACCAUUUAUUUUCAUACUUUUGCAAAACCAUUAGAUAGUGAACAAUUUGGAAAAACCUGGCACCAUUUUAAUUUUCAUAGAUUUGUGUGAUUUUCCAGACUUGAUGAAUUUGGUAGUUUUAUCCCCAACCUGCAAUAGUGAUUACCAUUUCAGAGAAAGUUUAGAAGCUUUGACAUUGGACCACUUUUUCCAAUGGUGGUCACUGCCUUCACGCCACAUUUGGUAACAUUUUAAAGUCAGUAUUUUGUACUGUGUUGUACUAAUAUACUAAGCUGAACAAGAAAAAAACUUCUAUUUUCCAACAAUCUAAUAUUUUACCUGUUUUAUUUUUGACACCUGAACAUAAGCUUUUCCAAGUCUUUUAAAUAAAUCCUAAAACACUAGAAGAGCAUAAAGGAAAAGAAUGACUAUAUUAUUGUGAUAUAAAUUGGGUACACGAUUCUAAAAUCCUCAUUGAACCCUCAGCAAAAUCUUAAAAUCUGCAAAACUAAGUUUGAGUUUGUACAUCCAAAAAAUUAUGGUGCUAUCACAGUUUCUUUCAAGAAAAAGAUGAUGAAGUCAAGCCAAAUAUGUAUUUUGUUUUGUCUAUUUAUACAUUUUUUCAAUAUGCUAUUGUAGCUUAAUUUCCAUAUUUUUGUGGCAAGUAGGACUAUUUGAUGCACACAUCUCUCUCUCUGAACAAAUAGGCCUGGUUAUUGCACUGAUUAAUGAAUUGUCUGAGAAAUGCAACAUCUUCUUAGGCCUUUUCAUGUCUUCAAGAUCUACUGAAGGUCACUGUCAUAUUUAAGAAGACUUAUUUAAUUGUGACACAACAAAAAGGGGAAGCCUCCCUGCACAUGCACAGAUGCUGUGUAAGUAUCAGUGUCAGAACCUGUGACUAUUUUACGUGAGAGAUGCUUUUUGUUUUCUUCUUCUUUAUUUUAUUCAUGAAAUGUAAGCAUGACUAGCUAGGCCAGCAUUUAUUGCAUGUCCCUUUUGCCCUGUGGAAGGUGGUGGUCAACUGCCUUCUGGAAUUGCUGCAGUACGUGGGAUGCAGGGACAUGCUUUGUGCUGCCAUGAAGGGAGUUCCAGGAUUUUGACAUGGGACUGUAAAUGAUAAACAAUAUAUUUCCAAGCCAACGUGGUGUUUUGCUUGGCAAAAAACUUGCAGAUGAUGGUACUCCCAUGAAUCUGCUGCCCUUAUCCUUCUUAGUAGUAGUCAUUGUGGAUUUGGAAGGUGCUGUCCAAUGAGCCUUUGUGAACUGUUGCAGUACAUUUUUAAUGAGUGCAUAUUAUUACUACUAUGCAUUGGCAGUGGAGGGAGUAAAUUUUGAUGGUGUUAGGUGGAGUGUCAAUUAAUUGGACUGUUUUAUCCUGAAGGAUGUUGAGCUAUUUGGAUGUUAUUGUGACUGCACCCAUCCAGACAUGUGGAGAGUAUUCCAUCACACUCAUGGCUUAUGUCUUGUAGACAGUGGACAGGCUUUGAGCAGUCUGAACCAGAAGUUCUUAUUGCGCAAUUCCUGGGGCCUAACUUAAUUUUAUAGCUACAGUAUUUACAUGGAUAGGCCAGUUCAGUUUUUGGGCAUGGUAACACUUAGAAUGUUGAUGGUAGGGGAUUCAGUCAUGGUAAUGUCAUUGAAUGUGAUGGUUGGAUUCUCUCAUGUUGAAGAUAUCCAUUGCCUAGCACUUGUGUGUCAUAAAUGUUACUUGCCACGUAUUGGCAAAAUUGUGCAGAUCUCUUUUAAACUGUCGGUUUAGUUUCCUUGCUCCUGUUAGGUCCAUCUGUUGGCAAUACCAUGGGUUCACGGUGUGCUUUGUGCAGCACUCACAUUGUCCAUAUGUCACAGGUUAAAAAAUAGAGCUGUUCCAUCUAAACAAGCAAUCAUCUGCAAAGCAAACAUUUAUCCAAAAUGUUUUCAGCCCCAAUUGCAUAGUAAGUAAAUAUAAUGGGUUCAUUCAUCGUUAACAAUAAGACAAUAAAAUUUAAUGGUUGUGAUAGCCAGAUCACAAAUCCACUUAUCGCAACAAACAAUCAAUGUUUGGAAGUCACAACCGGGUAAUCAUACUCAGUUUAUAAGCUUUUUUUAAUUGAAAAUUAGUUAUGAGCAUGAUGUACUUCCAGUUUAACAAUCUCUAUUCAAUUGCUUUUUGAUUUUAGGUUGCUGUUUGCUUUUUGGUUUUGACAUUGUAAAAUUAUAAUGGUUUCACUCAUUCAAAUAUGUCACCACCACCACUCAUUUACAACUCAGUUCUAAUGUAAUUGACAUUUUCGGACUAGAAAAACUACCUAGUUCAGGCCUUACCUGGAGGCUGUAAAGUCUGUUCACUAGAACAGCUAGAUGGAGUAGGAGUGAACAUUGAAUGGGAAUAAGAAUUUGGAGUAGUUUUAACACAAUUCUGUAUUCCAUUUAUUUAUUCUGUUGGAAAGACAUUACCGAUUUAAUGGAGGAAUGGAUCAAUUAUUGUUCAGCUAACAGAGCCUUGUUUAAUGUCUAAACUAUAGUGCAAACUUCACCAUGGAUUCAUACGUUUAGAUCCUUUGCAUGAACUGACGACAGUUCAGCAAACAUAAACUUAUCUAAUCUUCUUCAAAGGAAAACGUUAUUUAAUUGUUCAUCAUUGUGAGAUCAGGGUGCACUGGUUUAUGAAGAACUAAGUGUUACAUGAUGUCGUCCCACUGGGUGAAUUUUUACAUAUUGCCUAACAUGAUUACAAAUGUGUUAUGAUACAAUGUUUGUCAUUUGUGCCUCUGUUGUAUUCCAAUAGGGUACAUCAUGUGUCAAUUUUUCAUACAUCAAUAUAUUUUUCAGCUUUUAUCUGAUUAUCUACUAUUUUAAGCUGAUUCUUUUUGUGAUAGAAAAGUAUUAAUAUCAAAUGCUAUGAUAUGGUUACAUACAAAGCUGUUCUAACAUUAGUUGUUCAGGUUAACAUGAGUAUCCUGAAUACUGAAUCAAACUCAUUGAGAGUGUUUCAACAAAGGUGAAUAUCAACUGGACUGUGGCCUUUUCAUGGUUAAACCUCAUCUGCUUAACAUCACCAGAGAUUAAUGAGCCCUGAAAGGAGUCCUCCAAUUGGGAGAGGGCAGGAAAUCUGAUCAUUCCUUCAUGAAACCAAGAUAAAGUUUGCAUUUGAAGUAGAAUAGGGGAGGAAAUUCUGGGGGGUGACUUAUAAAACAGCAGACUGGAAGAUUUACAUUGAGCCAUAAUGAGCAUGAUGCACAGCAGCACCUAAGAUAUUGCUUAUGGUCUUUACAACUAGAGUAAGAUCCAAAGUUAAAUAUUUAAUUAGGUGCCUGUCUGUUUCAAGCAGGACUUGAACGGUAUAUAUUUCAAGGCCUGAUUAAAAAUAGAAUUGAAUGGGCCUCAGAAGGCCAGUGAGUUAUAGUUUCUUUUUGGAAAUAAAGGUCAUUGUCCCAUUUUUUGGCAUGAACAGAACAGUUAUGCAACAAUUCAAGAUCCACUGAAGUGAAUUUGUUGCAUCAGGGGAAUGAUGAAGAGAGAGGGAAUUUUUUUGUGCUGCGGAGCAACAUCUUGCUGAAUGAGAAGAGAGGUCUUGAGUCACGUCACAGAAUGCAGUCAUGAUGGGUGUAGUUUAGAAUUCAGACCACCCUGAUAUUUUGAUAGCAAGACUCUGUCAGUUAGGAAUGUACUGCAGAAGGUGAUUUUUGUUUGCUGUGGGAAGAGUGAGAUCUGUUUAGGGAGAAAAAAAAAGGAACUUAUCAAGUAGAUGAAUUUUGUCUCAAGCAGAACUUGUUUGUGGUAUACUAGGGUUUGAAGAGGCAGUUGAUGCUGUUCACUGUAUGUAAUGGAAAGAUUAGUUUUUACCAUACUUUUAUCUGGCUGCAUGGAAAUGCUGGAUGCAGUGGGUGAUAUUACUUAGUGUACAGCUUCCUUUAGUAGUAUCACAGACAGAAUUUAUGUAGUCCCUUUUAUUGCAUGUAGUCAGUUUGGAGUUUGUGUAUAAUGCAUGUAUGUUUAAUCCCCUCAGAAUGAGUGUCCCAAUUAAAUAAUUCCACCUGCAAGCAUUUUCAGCAUAUUAAAACAAUGCAUGUUUGUUUGGCAUAACAUAUCUACCCCAGAUAUUUAAAAUGUGAUGUCUCACUCGCUCGCCUCAGGCGCACAAAGACUAGGUACAAGUUCAAGUAAAAUAAUGCAAUUGCGACUUUAUGAUUAUCUCAGUCUUUUUUGUGACAGUCGUUCAUGGAUGACCUGAUGCUUUAGUCAAAGUGAAGGUCCUGUAAAGCAAUAAAUUCUCAAAAAACUUCUAGGCCUUUUGUUAAAUUUCAUGAUGUUCAUUCUCAAGUGAUACAGAAGUUGGAGCAGGUUAAGGAGAGUCCUAGGCCCGAAACGUCAGCUUUUGUGCUCCUAAGAUGCUGCUUUGCCUGCUGUGUUCAUCCAGCUCCACACUUUGUUAUCUAAGGAGAGUCCAUUUCCCACUUUCAAGGAAUUGCUCUUCCUGACUUGGCUGCGCAGCUGACUCUGCUUCAAUGACUUUAUAAUGGAACUCUACGUGCAAAAAAAAUCUUGUUGCUUUCAAAAACAGACAAAAAAGUUGUCUCAUCAUUUGACCUGUUACAUAUCCAAAAUUAUUUUCUAACUAAGAUGGACUUACAUUGUGCAUUUCACACGUUGAGAGUUUGAGACAACUUGUGUGUUGUACUUGAUAAAAUUCAUUCAAUUCAUUAAAUUCUUUUGAGUUAAUUUCAAGAAAAGGCAUUACUAUCAAAUCACUCUGAUAGGUUCCUUUUGAUCCCUCUUAAGAUAGGGGAGUGGGUUUCACAAAAGUAGUGAGGUAUUCCUUGAGUGACCAUCUUUUUCCAGCCCUUUGUAAUCAGUUUUAAAAUAUAAAAACUAGUUCGAUUUCAGAAUAUACUGGGACAUGACAGUUGGUAUUUCAACUUCAAUUGCGCUAUACAGUUCAAUUACUUUACUGGCCUCAGUCUCAAUUUGCUUGAAUGAAUUUACAGAGAAAUUUCUAUUAUUUCUAAGGUACAUUAGCUGUAUAAGAAGCCAGAAUAGCGAUGUGGUAAACCUUCAGGCAAAGGAACAAUAUGAUUAGCUACUUUCAAAAUGUUUGUGUCAUUCCAACAUUCCCAAAAUGGAAUACUUUAAUUGGCAAUCCCCUGUAUUCAUCUUCGACUAUGCAGAGAUUUUAUCACUGAAUGAGAUAACAAAAUGUUGACAAGAAGAAAUGUAACAAUUAUAUAAUCAGACAAAUCAAAAUCUCUUCCUAUAACCAGUGCGUUGGUUCACAUAGCUAAAAGAAAUGGCACAAAAGCCAAAAAUAUAAAUCUGGAGAAGAUUGUUUUUUAAAAAAACAUAGAAACAAUUGUUUUUUGUGGAUUCAUAGAAUCCCUACAGUGUGGAAGCAGGCCCUUCAGCCUAUUGAGUCCACACCAACCCUCCAAAGGUCACCCUAUCCAGACCCACACUCCUUCCCUAUCCCUGGAACUCCUGCAUUUCUCAUGGCUAAUCCACCUAACUCCCACAUCUUUGGACUGUGGAAGGAAACCGGCGCACCUGGUGGAAACUCAUGCAGACACAGGGAGAAGGUGCAAACUCCACACAGAAUGGUGGAAUCAAACGCGGGUCUCUGGUGCUGUGAGGCAGCUGUGCUAACCAAAAAAAAUCGCAGAAAAAUUUAUAAAUGAUACUUAAGAAUUAUGGUAAGAGGAACUCCACAAUAAAUUAGACUUAAUUUGCUGAGGGAGUUAUUUGACUUAUGCAAUGAAUGCUCAAAGAAGCUGUUUGGAAUGCUUCAUUAAUUAUGAUACAUUUCUUAGGUUAUUUGAGCUCUCACUGCAUUACAACUAUGACCAAAUAAGUAUAUCAAUUUCAGAUGAAAAUAAAGCUGACCGAGCAAAUGUCUAUAAUUUCAAUUCAGAUCUUUUUGUUUAUUGGCAAUUUCUUUAAAGUCGUAAGGCAAUACUUUGAAUCAGAACAAUAGAGUAACUGUUUCAUAAAAAAAUUAUGUACAAUGUAUGACCAAAUCCUGAAAAUGUAAAGCUAUCUUCCCUCAAGAGCGGAUUGUGCACUGCAAUCCUCCUUGAAUAUCACGCAGUCUAUGAUGAUUAGUGUCUCCUGCAUUCGAUGAAAUAUGAAUUUUGGAGGUGAGUCAAGGAGAUAUUCAGAAUUUUGACAGUGAUUCCCGCAGAGAUCCAGAUUUUUCUCGCGGUAUCAAUGGCCCCAAUGCACCCUUUAACUGUUAAGCAUCUCGUCUCAAGCCUCUGGCUGAAUGUUAGUUCUCAAAUGUACAGAAAUAAACAGUCCAGUAUAUGGGUCACUUAUUGCAACUUCCCAUGAGCAUGAAUUUGUUGCUUCAGCUAAUGGAACAAUGACACAGUAAAAACUUAUUGCUGACUGUAUUUUAAAUAGCAUCAAGGUUUGCAGCAUUGAUCUUGCCCAAGGGUAAAAUGCUGGGGUUUUUUUCGCUCGCGAUACUUCUACUUCCUGCUCUCACAUACUGCGGUAUUUUGUCACUCUAUUAUCAAUAUCUUAAUUUUAACCUUUGGAGGACUGAAUAUUUUACUACAACCUGCAGCAUUCUAGUGACACCAUUAUAGAAAUUUAGUAUGUCGGAGGAAGUAAAUUAACAUUUAUUUUUUAGAACACAAGCACAUAGAACAAUGUUUUAAUGGCACUAAACAAUUGGCAUGCUGCUGGAUGCAGAAAGAAUCCUUCAGGACUCUGUUAUCUUGCUAUGUAAAUAUGACAAGCUUCUAUGUUUGUAUACCUUUCCUGUAUCUAUUUGCACUGUAUCACAUUAGUACUAUUGAUGUGUCUUCAAGAAAUUUACUUGGAAUACAUUAACAAAGUGAAGUAACUGAUUUAAUAUAAUGUAAAUUGUAGGAUAUCAUGUUGGAAGUUAGGUAAAAUUCAGCCCCAAAGAUCAAUAUUUGAAGGAAUUUAUUUCAAGUAUUAAAAAAAACUUUUUUGGUUUUUGCAUUUUGUGACAGGAGCACAGCAAUGCUAAUAAAAGUAUAAAACUA